GCGAAAGCGAUGGACUAGGGGCGCAGGGCGUGCUGCGUCGCUCCGUACACGUCUCUUUCAGCGUUCGCCCGGACUUGCAGUUCCUCGCGGACACAUUUUUGUCUCUGAAGCUGGGUCUCACCCUCCUCCCGCCUUCGCUCAUUCCUCCUUCGGCCGCAUUCGCCAAGCGCCCUCGCGUGCGGGCCUCGCUGGGCGCAGAGGGGAGGAGCGCAGCGAGCACUCGGCAGCCAGGACCUCGCUGGGGGCUCCCGCGGGAAGGGCCGGCGGGCGCCCUGUCCCUGCCGCCUGGCGGUGCUUUGCGCGUCGCGUCAGCCGCGCUGUCAUUCCGGUCGCGGGCGCGGACGGGCGCAAGGGGACCAGCGCUCCCACAGGCCCGCGUCUGACCCCUGCCCCGCCCAGCCCGUCGUGGGGAGGGUCCGCCCAGCUAGUGCCCCGUGUCCUGCCUGAAGCCUCUCCCAGGCGUUGGGACUUCUCCGUGGAGGCGGCAACUCUUCUUUGGCGCGGCUAUAGCUGAGCUCGUUGGGUGUCUGGGCUCCGUGCUUUUCCUCGCGUUCCUGCUCUCGCUCCCAUCCCGCCUCUGAGCACCCAGGACCCCCGAACCAUGCUGUGCUGCCUGCUGGUGAGGGCCAGCAACCUGCCCAAUGUGAAGAAGGACCGGCGCAGCGACCCGGUCGCCAGCUUAACUUUCCGAGGGGUGAAGAAAAGAACCAAAGUCAUCAAGAACAGUGUGAACCCCGUGUGGAAUGAGGGCUUUGAGUGGGACCUCAAGGGCAUCCCUCUGGACCAGAGCUCAGAGCUCCAUGUGGUGGUCAAAGACCAUGAGACGAUGGGGAGGAACAGGUUCCUGGGAGAAGCCAAGGUCCCACUCCGAGAGGUCCUCGCCACCCCCAGUCUGUCUGCCAGCUUCAAUGCGCUCCUGCUGGACACCAAGAAGCAGCCUACAGGGGCCUCGCUGGUCCUGCAGGUGUCCUACACGCCGCUCCCUGGAGCUGUGCCCUUAUUCCCACCCACUACUCCUCUGGAACCCUCCCCGACUCUGCCUGACCUGGAUAUGGUAACUGGUGGGGGACAGAGCCGGGCCGAGACUUGGUCCCUGCUCAGUGACAGCACCGUGGACACGAGACACUCUGGAAAGAAGUGGCUGGCCCCCGUGGACACCGGAGGAGAGGAGGAUGCCGAGGAGCAAGGGCUCACGGGAGAUGAGUCAGAGCCAUUCUUGGACCAGAGUGGUGUCGCAGGCCCGGGUGCUCCCACCACCCCAAAGAAGCCACCUUCCCAUCCUCCCCCGUACCACCCUGGGAGUAAAAGGAAGAGAAGCACACCCACGCCUAGAAAGCUGCUGUCGGACAAGCCACAGGACUUCCAGAUCAGGGUCCAGGUGAUUGAAGGGCGCCAGCUGCCUGGAGUAAACAUCAAGCCUGUGGUCAAGGUCACUGCUGCCGGGCAGACCAAACGGACGCGGAUCCACAAAGGAAACAGCCCACUCUUCAACGAGACUCUUUUCUUCAACGUGUUUGACUCUCCAGCGGAGCUGUUUGAUGAGCCCAUCUUUAUCACGGUGGUAGAUUCCCGUUCUCUCAGGACUGAUGCUCUCAUCGGGGAGUUCCGGAUGGACGUGGGUACCAUUUACAGAGAGCCCCGACAUGCCUAUCUUAGGAAAUGGCUGCUGCUCUCAGACCCUGACGAUUUCUCUGCUGGGGCCAGAGGCUACCUGAAAGCAAGCCUUUGUGUUUUGGGGCCUGGGGAUGAAGCACCUCUGGAGAGGAAAGACCCCUCUGAAGACAAGGAGGACAUAGAAGGCAACCUGCUCAGGCCGACUGGCGUGGCCCUUCGAGGAGCACAUUUCUGCCUGAGGGUCUUCAGGGCCGAGGACUUGCCACAGAUGGACGAUGCCGUGUUGGACAACGUGAAACAGAUCUUCGGCUUUGACAGUAACAAGAAGAACCUGGUGGAUCCCUUCAUGGAGGUCAGCUUCGCAGGGAAAAUGCUCUGCAGCAAGAUCCUGGAGAAGACAGCCAACCCUCAGUGGAACCAGAGCAUCACGUUGCCUGCCAUGUUUCCCUCCAUGUGUGAAAAAAUGAGGAUUCGUGUCAUAGACUGGGACCGCCUGACUCACAAUGACAUCGUGGCCACCACCUACCUGAGUAUGUCGAAAAUCUCUGCCCCUGGAGGAGAAAUAGAGGAGGAGCCCGCAGGUGUGGUCAAGCCUUCUUCAGCCACAGACCUGGACGACCACCUGGGCUUCCUGCCCACCUUUGGACCCUGCUAUGUCAACCUCUACGGCAGUCCCCGGGAGUUCACUGGCUUCCCAGACCCCUAUGCAGAGCUCAACACAGGCAAGGGGGAAGGCGUGGCCUACCGAGGCCGGGUUCUGCUCUCUCUGGAGACCAAGCUGGUGGAGCACAGCGAGCAGAAGGUGGAGGAUAUACCUGCAGAUGACAUUCUCCGGGUGGAGAAGUACCUCCGGAGGCGCAAGCAUUCCCUCUUCGCCGCCUUCUACUCAGCCUCCAUGCUGCAGGACGUCGACGAUGCCCUCCAGUUCGAGGUCAGCAUCGGGAACUACGGCAACAAGUUCGAUACGACCUGCUUGCCGCUGGCCUCCACCACCCAGUACAGCCGGGCGGUCUUUGAUGGGUGCCACUAUUACUACUUACCCUGGGGCAACGUGAAGCCUGUGGUGGUGCUGUCAUCCUACUGGGAGGACAUCAGCCACAGAGUCGAGGCCCAGAACCAGCUGCUCAGGAUCGCUGACCGGCUGGUGAGUGGAAGUGGCCCUGCUCCUGCUCGCACCCUGUGCAUGCAUCCCCACAGUGGGGGUCUUCAGACCGGCGCCAUGUGGGUGCACACAGAACUAUGCCCGCAGACCUCCAUGGCGUCUGGGGUCCCUUGUGUUCUAACGGUGCCAGGGUGUGUGACCUGUUGUGGGAGCCUGUGCACAGACACGUCUGGACUUGGCUGUGCACUGGACCCCUGCUUAUCAGGCACAUCUCAUCUGUCUGUCUCUUAUAGCCAGUCCCUGGGCGACGUCCAAGAGAUACCCUCUGCCACCCACCUGGACCAGUACCUGUACAAGCUGCGUACCCGUCACCUGAGCCAGAUCACCGAGGCAGCCUUGACCCUGAAGCUUGGCCACUGCGAGUUCUCUGCCAUCUUAGAGCAGGCUGAGGACUGGCUCCAGCGUCUUCGUGCCCUGGCAGAUGAGCCCCAGAACAGCCUGCCCGACAUCGUGAUCUGGAUGCUGCAGGGAGACAAGCGAGUGGCGUACCAGCGGGUGCCCGCCCACGAGGUCCUCUUCUCCCGGCGGGGUGCCAACUACUGUGGCAAGAAUUGUGGGAAGCUGCAGACGAUCUUCCUCAAAUAUCCGAUGGAGGGGGCACCUGGAGCGCGGAUGCCAGUGCAGAUACGGGUGAAGCUCUGGUUCGGGCUCUCUGUGGAUGAGAAGGAGUUCAACCAGUUUGCUGAGGGCAAGCUCUCCGUCUUUGCUGAAACCUAUGAGAACCAGACCAAGCUGGCCCUGGUUGGGAAUUGGGGCACAACAGGCCUUACCUACCCCAAGUUUUCUGAUGUCACGGGCAAGAUCAAACUACCCAAAGACAGCUUCCGUCCCUCAGCUGGCUGGGCCUGGGCUGGAGACUGGUUCGUGUGUCCAGAGAAGACCCUGCUCCAUGACAUUGAUGCGGGUCACCUGAGCUUUGUGGAAGAGGUGUUUGAAAACCAGACCCGGCUCCCUGGAGGCCAGUGGAUCUACAUGAGUGACAACUACACGGAUGUGAACGGGGAGAAGAUGCUUCCCAAGGACGAUAUCGAGUGCCCACUGGGCUGGAAGUGGGAGGAUGAAGAGUGGUCCACGGACCUCAACCGAGCUGUCGAUGAACAAGGCUGGGAGUACAGUAUCACCAUCCCCCCGGACCGGAAGCCGAGGCACUGGGUCCCUGCUGAGAAGAUGUACUAUACACAUCGUCGGCGUCGCUGGGUCCGGCUGCGUAGGAGGGACCUCAGCCAGAUGGAGGCACUGAAGAAGCACAGGCAGGCAGAGGCAGAGGGCGAGGGCUGGGAGUAUGCCUCACUCUUUGGCUGGAAGUUCCACCUGGAGUACCGCAAGACGGACGCUUUCCGCCGCCGCCGCUGGCGCCGCCGCAUGGAGCCGCUGGAGAAGACCGGACCUGCGGCUGUGUUUGCCCUCGAGGGGACCCUGGGCGGCGUGGUGGAUGACAGGAGUGAAGAUUCCACGUCCAUCUCUACCUUGAGCUUUGGGGUGAACAGACCCACGAUUUCCUGCAUCUUUGACUAUGGGAACCGCUACCACCUACGCUGCUACAUGUACCAGGCCCGGGACCUGCCUGCAAUGGACAAGGACUCUUUUUCUGAUCCCUACGCAAUCGUCUCCUUCCUGCACCAGAGCCAGAAGACGGUGGUGGUGAAGAACACCCUAAACCCCAUGUGGGACCAGACACUCAUCUUCUAUGAGAUCGAGAUCUUCGGCGAGCCAGCCAGCAUCGCCGAGCAGCCGCCCAGCAUUGUGGUGGAGCUGUAUGACCAUGACACCUACGGUGCAGAUGAGUUUAUGGGACGCUGCAUUUGUCAGCCGAGUCUGGACCGGAUGCCCCGGCUGGCCUGGUUCCCGCUGACUAGGGGCAGCCAGCCAGCGGGUGAGCUGCUGGCCUCUUUUGAGCUCAUACAGAGAGAGAAGCCAGCCAUCUACCAUAUUCCUGGUUUUGAGGUACAGGAUACAUCACGGAUCCUGGAGGAGUCAGAGGAUACAGACCUGCCCUAUCCACCACCCCAAAGGGAAGCCAACAUCUACGUGGUUCCCCAGAACAUCAAGCCAGUUCUCCAGCGCACUGCCAUCGAGAUCCUGGCAUGGGGUCUGCGGAACAUGAAGAGUUACCAGCUGGCCAGUGUCACCUCCCCAAGCCUCGUGGUGGAGUGUGGAGGCCAGACAGUGCAGUCCUGUGUCAUUAGGAACCUCCGGAAGAACCCCAACUUUGACAUUUGCACUCUCUUCAUGGAAGUGAUGCUGCCCAGGGAGGAACUCUACUGCCCCCCCAUUGUGGUCAAGGUCAUUGAUAACCGCCAGUUUGGUCGUCGGCCUGUGGUGGGCCAGUGCACCAUCCGCUCCCUGGAGAGCUUCCUGUGUGACCCCUACUCAGAGGAGAGUCCAUCCCCACAAGGUGGCCCAGAUGAUGUGAGCUUGCUCAGUCCUGGGGAGGAUGUACUCAUCGACAUCGACGACAAGGAGCCCCUCAUCCCCAUCCAGGAGGAGGAGUUCAUCGAUUGGUGGAGCAAAUUUUUUGCCUCUAUCGGGGAGAGGGAAAAGUGUGGCUCCUACUUGGAGAAGGACUUUGACACUCUAAAGGUCUAUGACACACAACUGGAGAACGUGGAGGCCUUUGAGGGCCUGUCUGACUUUUGUAACACCUUCAAGCUCUACCGGGGCAAGACUCAGGAGGAGAUGGAGGACCCAUCUGUCAUUGGGGAAUUUAAGGGUCUCUUCAAAAUUUACCCACUCCCAGAAGACCCUGCCAUCCCCGUACCCCCAAGACAGUUUCAUCAGCUGGCUGCCCAGGGGCCCCAAGAGUGCCUGGUCCGCAUCUACAUUAUCCGAGCAUUUGGCUUGCAGCCCAAGGACCCCAAUGGGAAGUGUGAUCCUUACAUCAAGAUCUCCAUAGGGAAGAAAUCGGUGAGUGACCAGGAUAACUACAUUCCCUGUACUCUGGAGCCUGUGUUUGGAAAUUGGUUGUGGUCACUCAGCCCUGCAGCAAGGACCCAAUCAGCCUGGGGGAGUGCCAUUUUUGAAGGUGAAAUGGUCUUGGCCAGUGAUGAGCCACCACCAAGCUGGAAUUGGAGGGAAAGGCUGCAGGGAAGAUGGCAGACGGGAGCUCUAUUCGGUGAGCUCCAGUGGCUGGCGUGGGGGCACAGGCUCACAGUGACUGGGCAGCAGGGUGGAUCUGUUCCACGAUGGGGGUGUGGAGGUCAGGACCCAGGACCAGGUGGGGGAGCAAGUGCAGAAACACACACUUCCCACUUUGUUUACCAUCUUCCCCAAAUCAUGGCCAAGCUGGUCUGCCUGGGGUCUCAAGCCUCCCUCAGGUCACAGCAGAAACCUUUUCUUUCGAACAAGCAUAACCAAAAGGAUAUAAUCAAAACACAACUUUGUUUUUGUCUGCCAGUAUCCCAUAAACAUUUAUUCGUGGGGGUUAUCUUCCCUGUUCCCUUCUCUAAAUCUGGAAAUUGGAAAAAUCUAAAUUCCAAUUCUGAGUGUAUGAAUUUAAACAAAUCCAUUUAUCUCUGGGCCUCGGUUUCUCCAUCUGUAAAAUGGGGAUCCCCUGAUGAACAACCACAUGGGCACCCUCCGCAAAAGUCAAGGGUGGGUGAUGCUUUGCCUAUGGGUACACAGGUCAUUGCAUGUUCCUCUGCCCUCGUCAGCGUCCUGGGGCGUCUCAUCUUUGUCUUGUGUUUGGGCCACAGUUCUGGACCGAACCAGUGGCGGGACCAGCUCCGCCCCUCCCAGCUCCUCCACCUCUUCUGUCAGCAGCACAGAGUCAAGGCCCCUGUGUACCGGACAGACCGUGUGGUGUUUCAAGAUAAAGAAUACACCAUCGAAGAAACAGAGGCUGGCAGAGUCCCGAACCCACACCUGGGCCCAGUGGAGGAGCGUCUGGCUUUGCACAUCCUCCAGCAGCAGGGCCUGGUCCCUGAGCAUGUGGAGUCGCGGCCCCUUUAUAGCCCCCUGCAGCCGGACAUUGAGCAGGGGAAGCUGCAGAUGUGGAUUGACCUGUUUCCAAAGGCCCUGGGCCGACCUGGACCUCCCUUCAACAUCACCCCACGGAGAGCCAGAAGGUUUUUCCUGCGUUGUGUUAUCUGGAACACCAAGGAUGUGAUCCUGGAUGACCUCAGCAUCACAGGGGAAAAGAUGAGCGACAUUUAUGUGAAAGGUUGGAUGGUUGGCUUUGAAGAACACAAGCAGAAGACAGACGUGCACUAUCGGUCCCUGGGAGGCGAAGGCAACUUUAACUGGAGGUUCAUUUUCCCCUUCGACUACCUGCCAGCUGAGCAAAUCUGCACCAUCUCCAAGAAGGAUGCUUUCUGGAGGCUGGACAAGACUGAGAGCAAAAUCCCAGCGCGAGUGGUAUUCCAGAUCUGGGACAACGACAAGUUCUCCUUUGACGACUUUCUGGGCUCCUUGCAGCUGGAUCUUAACCACAUGCCCAAGCCUGCCAAGACAGCCGAGAAGUGCUCCUUGGACCUGCUGGAUGACACGUUCCACCCGGAGUGGUUUGUGUCCCUUUUUGAACAGAAAACCGUGAAGGGCUGGUGGCCCUGUGUGGCAGAGGAGGGUGAGAAGAAGGUGCUGGCGGGCAAGCUGGAGAUGACGUUGGAGAUAGUAGCCGAGAGCGAGCAUGAGGAGCGGCCUGCUGGCCAGGGCCGGGAUGAGCCCAACAUGAACCCCAAACUCGAGGACCCAAGGCGCCCUGAUACCUCCUUCCUCUGGUUUACCUCCCCGUACAAGACUAUGAAGUUCAUCUUGUGGCGGAGGUUCCGGUGUGCCAUCAUCCUCUUCAUCAUUCUCUUCAUCCUGCUGCUGUUCUUGGGCAUCUUCGUCUAUGCCUUCCCGAACUAUGCUGCCAUGAAGCUGGUGAAGCCCUUCAGCUGAGGACUGUCUGGCCCAAGACUGGCUGCUUCCUCCGUCCAGCUCAGCUGAGCUCCUCUGGACCUCCAGGCCUGACCGUCCUCCAAGGUGGGCAGACAGAUGGACUGGCACGUGCUCCAAGAGUUGCUAACAUCGAGCCCUGGGGGCACCUGCUUUCAUCAUUUCUUUCUCCCCGAGUCGAACCCUUUUGGAUCAGCCUAUAUGUAUUUCAGUAUAAAACAGUUGGAACCACAAA